AUAAAUUCGUCCACGUGGAUUGUGUUCACUAUUUCGUCGAAGGAGGGUCCAUAAAUAAGCGAGCAAGACCUUAUAUAUGCAAUUUGACUUUUCCUACAACUACACUCAAUCGCUUCAAAUUCUCUCAUCUCGUUUACUUUUGGAUCGUUGGAUUUCGCUUUUUUCUGAUAGAGAGGGAGAAAGAGCAGCUAUAUACGUCCAAUUCCUUAAUUUCGAUAACUUGAAGUAACACUGUUUGUGAAUCCUCUAUGGAAUCUGGUGAUUGGAGGUCUCAGCUGACAGAUAUUUCACGGAACAGGAUCGUGAACAAGAUAACUGAUAUCUUGAAGAGAUAUAUUCCGAUUUCUGGACCAGAGGCUGAGGCAGAGGGCCUACAGGAACUAAGAAAAAUAGCUUUGAAAUUUGAACAGAAGAUUUAUACUUCUCCAACAACUGCAAAUCAGAAUGAUUAUUUGCGGAAGAUAGCCUUGAAGAUGAAGGUUAUGGAAACGAUAUCACAAAAUCCCAUGCCAGAUGCAAUGCAUUCUAACCCUGGUGCUAACUCUGUAAACCCCUCGGAUCCAGGUAUGGAUCAUAACUUUGGGGUAGUCGCUGAUCGAGCUCAAUGCCCGAACCUUUACAAAAGGGAUCCCCAUUUUGAGAUUGUUGGGUCAAUGACACGAGCUCGAACAAAAAGAAUGAAAGAUGCCUUAAAUGCAGGAGCCAAAAUAUAAGUUAAAUUUGACUAAGGUAUACAUGUAAUAAUGAUUAAUACUUUUUAUGUAACCAUCUUGAGGGGCAUUCUUGUAAAUCAUGUCAUUUACAACAACAUGCAC